UGCCGAAAUUAAACGACUACCACCCUAGGCUUUCCUUUUUUUUUAAUACCACUAUGCCCCUACAGCCCACCGUCUCACCCUAUGGGAUACACUGCUCACGAUGUCAGUGGCUUUCUACAGACCAGAGUAUUACACGCCAUGUAUCUAAUUGUCAUCGGAACUCGUUUAUUUAAAAGAAUAAAAUAUAAAAAAUGUUAGAAGAAGAAAGACAUUGAAGGGCAAGCGAAAAGUCCCCUAUUACCCAAUUUUAAUCCAGGCCGAUAUAUUCUAGAGAACUAGAUCUAUACCCUUUUAGUUGUCCAUAAAUUAACUUCUGUCUUUAUAGAAACCAUUAUCUGAGAUUUCAGAGAUCGAAACCAUGGAACUCACGCAACUACCAGAGCGGAUGUUUGCAGCCGGUGAAGAACCUGUUGGGGAGAGAGUUAACACUUAUCACAAACCGAGAAGGAUCGAGUCCAUUCUAGACGCACUAGAACCGGAGAAGGUAGAAUUCAUGCGGAAGACGACGUUUGGGAAAAUCAUUUCACAGGCAGAAAACCCGUCUUUUUCCGGUAGUUUUGGCCAGUUUGUCAUUGUGCGAAUUCUCCGAGUGAAGAAGAAGUAUGAGAUAUGGUUUCUGUUUGCCGGGAAGCCGAUUAGGAUGUCUCUGCACGAGUUCGCUCAUGUCACAGGCCUUAACUGCAGGAAGAUCCCGAAGAAAAACAUAAAGAGGAAGAAGAAUCCUAUCAACGAGAAGCUCUACUGGGGUGAACUUUUUGGAUCUCUCAAGUUCUGCGCCGUUGACACCGCCAUAGAGAUGCUGAAGAAGAGGAAAGUUAAGGACCGAGAGAUGCGACUCAAGUAUGCAUGUUUGACGUUCACUUCCUGUGUUCUACUACCGACUUCUCACUCUCCUCGGAUCAUCACUGAGCAUGUGGAGAUGAUACGUGAUUUUGAUGAAUUUCUUAAAUAUCCGUGGGGGAGAGUCACCUUUGAGAUGCUUGUUACCGGAAUUAAAAAAAAAGACGAGAUGUCGCUUGCUCAGUCCAGCGUCGCCUUACCUGGUUUUGUGGAUGCGAUCCAACUCGUUUUCAUGGCGGCUGUUCCUCAGAUAAAAGAGGUAGUCACCCCUGUCGAGCCUGUUGUUGUGAUUGACUCUGACAGCGACUCAGAUUCGGGGAAUAGCGAAUCGCAAGCUGAUAAAGUUGAAAUGAGCAAGCCCCCCGAUGCACCCCCUGCGAGUGUGCGAUAUUGUGUCAAUCCCGCACAUGUUAGAGACCUGCACGAAGAAUGCAAGGUUGAAGUUACCUCCAUGCUUGUGGACGGAACCCAUACAGCGGAAGAACUGACGUGGGAAGAUGAGGUCGACGAUGUAACAGUUGAUAAUCUUGUACGAUCAAUUGAACAAGGUCACGUGCUAACCAAGGCAAUGUUCAGUGGGGGCUUAUCGGCUUCUGAUCUGGCACGCAUGAGAUCUGAGAAGAAACUAAAAGAAAAGGAACAGAAGGACAACAAAGAGAGGGAGAACCAGGCGGAUUCACCAGAAGGAGAGAUUGGGGAAGCUUAUGACGUCAGCCACAUGGCUAACCUUGUUGGUCGCAUUGUAACCCCUAAGAUUGAGGAUGCCGUUUACAAGUUAGGCGACAAACUGGAGGAGCGCCUGGCUAAACUGAUCAAAGUUGAGGUCCUAAACAUGCAGGGGGCUGUUAUUCAGAGUAUUAUUGGUUUAUUAGGCAAGCCUAACCCGGACGCGGGGGUUGCGAGUGAUGAAAAUGGUGGCGCUGUCGAUCAAGCGCAGAAUGGAAGGGGUUGUACAUCGGCGGGAGCUUCAUUACUAACUGCCGAUGCAAUAAGAAGCGAAGGACAAACCACCGCAACAUAUGUGCCUACAUCUCUCCAUAACUCCACCGAACAACCACUUGUCGACCUCGCUACCGUGAUACCAAAACAGGCUGAGAAGGCCGGGGAACCACUACAGGCUGAGAAGGUCGGGGAACCAAUACAGCUCGACAAUCUUAUAAACAUGGUCAUUACCGAUGUCGGUGGCGUUUUGGAUGACAGCGAGGUGGCUCCUGCAAACAACCAGCCAGCUAUCCACAUUACUGUAGGACCCGUCGCUGAAGGCGUCAAAACUUUGUAAGACGCUGCCCACUCUCCCACUGACACUGAUCUCACUACCCCACAGCCUGGACAGAAUACAAAUUUCACCCACCAUCAUCUGUCUCCUGUUGACGAAGAUGGUAGCCCACACGAGAAAGAGGUCUGCUUCACAUUUAUGUUUCUCCAGGACUCCAUUAAAUACACCAACGAUAACCUUAAAGAUUUGGGGAUAACCUUUAAAUCCAGCCAUUAUACGAUACAAGGAGAU